AUGGGACCUCGCAGGACGCACCGUAAAAGCCGCAAUGGGUGUCCACAAUGCAAAGCGCGCAGAUUGAAGUGUGACGAACGUCAUCCAUGCACCAAUUGCGUGAAACAUGGCAUUUACUGCGAGUUUGUCGCUCCAACUGAGCCACAGGAUUCCACACAGGCCACUCCGGUGUCUACUGUAUCCCCAGUGGCUCAGUCCCAGCCGCAGGCCCAGUCCCAGACCCUGACCCAGCCACAUCUAUACCCGCCCCUGCAGAACCCCAUCAGCAAUGUGGGGGCUCCUGUCAAUCAUCACCCCAAUGAGACGCAAACAGGGCAAAAGUUUGAUCUGCUCGGCAUUCUAUCCGAAUCUCCCCCGGACCCUUCUUUGCGGGCACCGGAGGACUGGGCUCUAGAUCUUGAAUUAAUGCACCACUACUGCACUAUGACGUGCAACACACUGACAGUCCGUGAAGAUGCACGCUAUGUUUGGCGUGUUAUCAUGCCUAUUGAGGGCUACGCUAAUCCCUAUGUGAUGAACGGUCUCUUGGCUAUCGCUGCUUUACAUCGCGCAUUCCUUGCACAUACGCCUCAUCAGAAAGAGCGAUAUGUCAAUGCGGCGGCGUACCAUAUCACUACGGGGUUGAAAGCAUUUCGAGAACUGAUCGCCUUGCCUCUUGAUCCCAAGAACUGGCAACCGGUUUUUUGCUUUGCCGGCAUGAUCAACGUUCAUCUGAUGGGUACCCCAACUAGACUUGGUGUUACUCGGUGGCCUGCACCGAUUUCGAAUGUGUUAGAUUUGUUUGGAAGUGUCAAGGGGCUUCAGGCACUUAUGGAGCCGUUUUUGCAUUCUAUUCGAAAGACCCAGUUGGCACCCCUGGUGAACUCUAUCUAUCUUAUAGAUCCGGAGCUUAUUCCAAGCCAGGCUCAAAUUGCCCAAUCUUUACUUCCUCCAAACUUCUGGAUGCAGGCAUCCCAAUUACGUGCAUUCAUUCAUAAUUACCCGUUCGCACCGGCAGCUCAACCUGGCCAGACGAGCGGUGAUCCUGAAACUGCGAGCGAUCCAACAGAUCGUCGAAAAGAGUAUAUCAAUGCCCUUGACGCAUUCGAAAGAGCGUCACGAUGCAUUGAGCUCGCAGGAACGAAGGUCGAAUGGGGCAUGGUCCUAAUAUUUGCGCAAACUCUGAGUAAAACGUUCUACGAUGAAGUUGAAGCGCAUGAACCUGCUGCCUUGGUUAUCAUGGCAUACUACUGUGUUCUGGUUCAUCUUGUGGACGAUAUUUGGUUUACGAAUGGGCUUGGAUGGCAGUUAAUGGAGGAUAUUGAGAGCAAGAUCCGCCCUGAAUACCAGGAGUGGUUGACUUGGCCGAAACAUUGGGUUUUUGAGCGACGAGGAUACCCU